AUGGCAGCUUUAUCAUGUCGAUUUUAUGAAAAUGAAUUCCCAGAUAUUGAAGAUACUGUUAUGGUUAAAGUCCAGAAAAUUGAAGAUAUGGGUGCUUAUGUGACACUUUCUGAAUAUGAUGGAAAAGAAGGAAUGAUUUUGUUGUCAGAAUUGUCACGUCGAAGAAUCCGUUCAGUCAAUAAAUUAAUUCGUGUUGGAAGAAGUGAAUGUGUUGUGGUUAUUAGAGUGGAUAAAGAUAAAGGUUAUAUUGAUUUGUCCAAAAGACGUGUAUAUUCCAAAGAUUUAAUUCAAUGUGAAGAUCGUUUUGCUAAAGCAAAGGCUGUUAAUAGUAUUUUGAGACAUGUAGCUGAUCAAUUGGGAUAUACAGAAAAUGAAAAGUUGGAAGAAUUGUAUCAAAAGACUGCUUGGCAUUUUGACAGAAAAUUGAAGAAAAAGGCUGCUUCUUUUGAAAUAUUUACCAAAGCUUUAACUGAACCAAAUGUUUUUGAUGAAUGCGGAAUUGAAGAUCUAAUAAAAAAUAAAUUGCUCGAAGAAAUCCGCAAAAAAUUAGCUCCAAAACCUCUAAAAAUCCGAGCAGAUAUUGAAGUUAGUUGCUUUUCUUAUGAAGGAAUUGAAGCGGUUAAAAAAGCCUUAAUUGCUGGGAAAAAAUGUUCAACUGAUGAAUUGGUUAUUAAGAUUAAUUUAAUUGCUGCUCCUCUUUUUGUUGUUAGUAAGUAA